UUCAAGGGAAGGUAAAGCAGAUUGAAAAUCUGGUUGAAGACAAUUUGAAAAAAUCGGCUCACUACAGAAACAGAAUGAAGAGCUCGGAGCUCCCAAAAAAUGGAAAUGUGUUGGUACAACUGUUUAUGACACAAAAAACCACCCUGGCCGUUUCUGUCUCGGAGGUGUCAAAGAACUCAGCCUUCUGGAAUUACCCUCUGCCUUGGAAAUACGGACGCGUCUACGUACCUGUAGAGAAACAUUACCCAGCAGCUUCGUACGCAAAGUGUAAAGAAAUACUAUGCCAUAUGGAUCUGAACAAAGAUGACCUCGCAGGAAAGAGAGUCGUGGAGCUGGGAACAGUGCCAGGCGGAUGGACCAUGGUGCUGCUCGAGCAGGGAGCCGAGGUAAAUAGCGUCGAUUGGACCGACCUGAAGGACCCGUGGUUCAAGGUGCAUUCGAGUCUGAGGCAUCAUACGAUGGACGCGAAAAUUUUUAAUCCUGUAAGCAUAGGCAUUCUGGAUCGCUCUGAGGCGCUAGAUUACGUUUUUUGCGACCUAGCUUUACCGCCGGUCAAGUCUGUAGACCUGAUGGAAAUGUGGAUUCAGAACAGGUGGGCAGAAAGGGUGAUUUGGACCUUCAAGAUGGGGUUCGGCCACGAAGUCAGCCAUGCAUUGACAAUAAGAGGCAUUCAGAAAUGCUUAGCGAAGUACGAACCUGAAUUCGUGUGCACUAUCAGACAUUUGUACAAGCACGAAAACGAGGUUGUUGUGCUGGGUAGAUGGACAGACGAGAUGCGGGCGAGAGCAGAGUCGAAAAAGAGUAUAGUGAAAGAUAUGUGAAAAAGAAAUUGCACGCGCGUAUACAUACCUCUAUAUGCACUGUUUUUUUGUGCCAUUUGUGGAAUGAGUGUGGCAUUUCUUAUUGAAAUUGUAUGUAUUCAAUAGGCAGAUUUUUGGAAUCUGUCAGGAGACAGAAGUCUGCUGCCGAGUCAGAGAGUUCGACUGGGGACGAUUCGGCUGUUUCUAGAUAUCAUCAGAAAGUUCCAUCGGCAAGGCC